UGCGAAAAACAAAUGUAUUAUAAUUGUCGAGGGUCGAGGGUCGAAGGUGGUGGUGCAGUUUUCGAUUUUCACGCCUGACCUAACAUGACACUCCUCUCUCGCAAGUAGUGCAAUGUCAAAAGAGUGUCUCAACUUUUCCGCUGCAGUUUUCACUGUGUCUCCAGUACCUAUCUUGUGUUCUUCAUUUUUUAAAUUUUGUUAAAAUAUAUUUACAUUUCUAGCUUCUCAAAUGCAUUAAUACACAACCAUUCACUGUUUGUGCAAUUGUCAAUAGCCUUUUUUAAAAUAUAAUCUAUAAGUUUACAAAUAAAAAAAAGCAGGACGCAUUCCAUAAUUGAUGUAACCAGCUUUGUUUCAUGGGUGCCACACAAGGCAUGUAAGUUUUCAGACAGGAAGAAUGCCUAACUGCAGUUUGGUUUGUUAAUUUUGAAGUCGUACAACGAUGGCUACGAGGAAGCGAAGCGAGUCUGGUGCCAAGCGCCAGUACCGAGGCAAAUUUUACACCAUGUACGAGAGCCUGUUCAGAGGCGAGGAGCUGACUGUUAGCAACCCCAACUACUGGAACGAGCUGUUCCUGAUCAAGCCUAUUGUGUCACACAUAGAUAGCGAAAUACUCAAGUUGAACGAGGAGAUGUUCUGCCAGUGCAAGAGGAACCUCAAUCUUCUAGUGUCGCAUUGCAUCGACGCCCUGGGGGAUGAAAACGCCUACAGAAUAGUUUACUCCAUGCAGACCCUGUCGGCUGUGCUGUUUGCGCUUUACAAGAAGGCCAAUCAGAACGACAAGAGCUUUGAUUUCAUAGACGUUACCUUUGGAGAUGAGAAUGUUGAAGAGAGGAUGACUGUGUUUAUACAGCACAGCAACAUCUUUUUGAAUGGUGAAUACUCCGCGACCCUCAAGUCCAUGUAUUUAAAACUGUUUUUGAUCAUUGCCACUGGACUGGAUAACAUCAACCAAAACAUGCUUCUGGAUUUUGUCAUGAGUAGCAGUGUAUUUGAAUCUCUGAUACAGCUGCUACGGGAAACUGCUGCAAGAAACGAGCAUGGGUACAACGUAGUUUUGAUCCUUACUCUUCUUGUCAACUACAGGAAACAUGAGAGUGCGAAUCCUUUUAUAGUAAAAUUGUCGAUUUUAGAUGAUGAACUUGCCUUGAAUGGAUAUGGGCAAGUUAUUUCAAGUUCACUGUCAACGUUUUGUAGACAGUUUGAUCAACUCAAGCCUGAUGUUCAAGUGUCUUGGCUUUCAUCUCUGACAAAUAUGAUUGGUAAUAUUUUUGUCGGCGAAGAGGAGGCAAAGAGCCAGCAAAUUCGAGAAAAUAAUGCUCUGCUGCUUGCUCUCUACGAGGCGACUCAUCUCAAUAGAAACUUCGUUACUACUUUGGCCUACACACAGAGUGACACAAGUUCCCCGCCAUCACCGAACAAUACACUGAAUGCUAAUCAAAAGCUUUUGGGAUUUCAAGCUCCGGACGUCACAACUCAGCCGGUAAAUUUGUUGGCUGUCUUUUUUCAGUACUGUUCGAUCGUGAUUCAAGCAACAAAAACGGAAAAAGUCAUUCACAAUGUUAAACUGUGUUUCCUGAUCAUGAGUUGCAUUUCCGAAGACCAAUACGCCAAUAGUUUGAUGCACGACGCCAAUCUCGCGUUUAGGGUUCAGCUGCAUAAGAUGCCAAUGCAUCACAGAAAAAGUAACAACAAAAUUGUAUCUGCCCAACCGUUAGCUGCAACGCUGUUGGAUCUCCUUGUGGAAUUUAUAACUUCGCACAUGAUGAAAAAAUUUCCCCUUGAACUUUAUCACCAUUGUAUAGGGAUUUUGUUGAGAAUACUGUGUUAUCAGAAACGCUGUCGCGUCAGAUUAUCUUAUCAGUGGAUAAACUUGUGGACCGUGCUUAUAAAUCUUUUAAAAUUUUUAUCCUCGCAUGAAAGCUACUUUGUUAAAAAAAUGGACAUUUUUUCUUUGUCCACUAAAGUUGUUAACAUACUGAAUAUAUUCGUGACUUACGGUGAUAUGUUUCUCUCGUCUUACAACACUUAUGAUGAACUCUUUUACGAAAUCAUAAGAAUGAAAUUAAUAUUCAUAAAUCUCAAUACAAUGGGCAUCAGGUACUCAACCAAUGAAUCUUACGAGUAUAAGGAGAGUGCACUUAAAUUGACCAAUUCAUUGGUCAAUAUACGUGACAUUUUGAAUCACUUUUCGCCAAAAAUAAGCGAAUGGCUGGCCAAGGAAAAUAUUUCCACACCGUCGGAACAGCAAAUUAUGGACGUGAUAAAUGAAAACUACAACAGCUUGACUUUGAAAUUACUAGACAACUUGGAUCAAUUUGAAAGGUACUCUGAAAAUCCAAAGCAUUUUGAAUUCUUUAGUAGUUUAGUAAGGAGUAUUAUUUCAACUACACGCACUUCUAUCGACAUUAACACAUUGGAUGUUGAAACUAUUCUCAAAGAGUACUGCAAUAGUUCCUGAAAUUGAGAUGAUUGCUCCGUGGAUAGUAAUCACUUUUAUCCAGUGUCUUGUCAAAUAAAUUGUUGAAUAUUCUAGCAGCUUUCAUGAAGUUUUGAAAAGGAAGUUGAAAUUGUUUUAUUUUAUUUAAUUUUUCGUACAAUAAAAAAUUAAAAAAUAACGAAAAGAACGUGAAAUGAUGGUAAGCUGAUAUGAUAUUUUUGUACUGUUACUAUUUUUCAAAUACGCAUCAUUUUCAUGUUCACAGAACACAAUUAAUAAAAAUACUUAACUUUUGUCUAUCAAAAA